AUGUCCACACUAAAUGCCGAUCAUGCUGGUGGCUUAGGCUCAAAUACCAAAUCACCCAAAGCUGAUCAUGCCUCUAAGCCCUCAUCUUCCGGUGCUAAUACAAAAUAUGACUCCCACAUUAUGCUGCUAAACUUACCACAAGCAGAACUAUGUCUUCUAUGCUCAAUGCUUGCACGUAUUGAAGAAGCUGGUGACAAUCGCUCUUGUGUAUUACAGGGGACUGUUUUAGACACAGCCAAGUCGCUUAUAUUUCCUCUUCCACUCGUGGCUGCUGCUCAUCAACAAUUCCUAGCAGGCUGUAGACAUCCAGAUGCAAAUGGUCUUGAUGGUUUAAAGGUUCAGAUUAUACUCUGUUUCAACUAG